AUGGCGGCCGUGAACAUCACGGCGUUCUUGUUCAUAAUCAUGUACUAUUUCGCAGUCGUUAUCAUCGGCGUCUGGGGAGGCCGCAAGGUGCUCGCGACACACACCUCCACGAUGGGGCCGCACGGCUUCCACACAUCCAAGCGCAAGAACGAAGACGACUUCCUGGUCAGGUUGUUCGUCGCCCACCGGGAUUUGCCCCUGUUUCUUGGCAUCGGGUCAAUGACCGCAACUUGGGUUGGCGGCGGCUACCUGAAUGGCACCGCCGAAGCUGUCUACAAAUACGGCAUCAUCAACUGCCACGCUCCGAUUGGCUACGCGAUGAGCUUGAUUCUCGGCGGCGCCUUCUUCGCGACCAAGAUGCGGCUGACGGAUUCGCUGACGAUGCUGGACCCGUUCCAGUCACACUACGGCCGCUGGGCGGGACUGCUGUUCUGCGUGCCGGCCGUCAUGGGCGAGAUCUUCUGGACGGCUGCCAUUUUAGCGGCUCUGGGUGACACGGCGAGCGUGAUUAUCAGGGUUGAUGCUUCGUACUUCAUCAUCAUCUCCGGUUCGGUAAUCUUCCUGUACACCUCGCUGGGCGGCCUCUACUCGGUCACGUACACAGAUGCCUUUCAAGUCACCACCACCGCUAUACUUCUGUGGGCGUGCGUGCCUUCUUGCGUGUCCCACAGGGCGGUGGGCACCCUGGAUGCCCAGUACACCAACUGGAUUGGCACCAUCGCCAGCGAGGACGUCACUCAGCUCCUGGACUUCUUCCUCAUGACAGCGUUCGGAGGAAUCCCCUGGCAGGUCUACUUCCAGCGAGUGCUUGCCUGCCCAACCGUGACGGAGGCCAAGAUUCUUUCGUUCAUGGCGGCCAUUGGUUGUAUAUUCCUCGCCGUGCCACCCGUCAUCAUCGGAGUUGCCGCCAAGCAUACCAGUGCGACACCUGUUUUUACUUCUCACUCAAACUGA